UAUGGAAGCACAAACCAAAAAAAGAUUGAUUUGUCAAAGAAGAAAAGUUGCAUUUGCUUGGUUAAAAAGACACUUCCUAAUUUUUACCUCUACAAAAAGAAGAUCAAAGUUCAAGAGAUCAGAACCACCACAUAAAAUUCAUCGACCAACAUAGUAAAUUAGCAAAAAAUUGAGAACCAAAUUUGUGACGUGUGAGAUGGCAGAAGUGAAGUUGCUUGGUCUUUGGUAUAGCCCUUAUAGUCACAGAGUUGAGUGGGCUCUUAAGUUUAAGGGAGUGGAAUAUGAAUUUAUAGAAGAAGAUCUACCAAACAAGAGCUCUCUGCUUCUUCAAUCCAACCCUGUUUACAAGAAAAUCCCUGUUCUCAUUCACAAUGGAAAGCCCAUUUCUGAGUCUAUGAUCAUUGUUGAAUACAUUGACGAGACAUUUGAAGGCCCUUCCAUUUUACCUAAAGACUCUUAUGACCGUGCUAUAGCUCGUUUCUGGGCUAAGUUUUUUGAAGAAAAGGGGGCAUCAGUUGGGAGAUCUUUCUUUCUAAAAGGAGAGGAGCAAGAGAAAGCUAAAGAGGAAGUUUUUGAGAUGCUGAAAGUUCUUGAUAAUGAGCUCAAGGAUAAGAAGUUCUUUAUCGGUGACAAAUUUGGAUUCGCUGAUAUUGCUGCAAAUGCUGCGGCACUUUGGCUGGGAGUUCUUGAAGAAGCAUCUGGUGUUGUUUUGGCUACAAGAGAAAAAUUUCCAAAUUUUUGUGCGUGGAGAGAUGAAUACAUAAGCUGCAGCCAAAAUAAGGAAUAUCUGCCUCCAAGAGAUGAGUUGCUUGCCCAUUUUAAAGCUCGCUUUCAAGCUGCAGCUGCAGCUACUAAAUGAAUACUUUCUUAUUCAUCUUUGAAGUUCCAAGAUCUUGUGUGGCAAUAAAAUAGAAGUGGAUUUAGUGCUAGUUUUGUGGGUUGAACUGAAUCAUUCGUAUUGGCUUGAACAAUAUAUGUUAUUUAUUGUGUUCAGAAUACUAAUGUAGACUGCUCGAUUGCUCACUAAGGAAAGGCUAACUAAUCUUCACAUACAGGGGGAUGAAGACAAAUGUAGUUUAUGUGUUGAUCAAGUAGUGGAACAAAUCAACAUCUGUUUGUGGAUUAUCCAUGCUCCACAUUAAUUCGAGACACCUUAAUGCCUCUUGCUCAAAGUCGUUCGAGUUUUUCCUAGGAGUAUGGCAUGGGUUACUUCAGCACUGUAGUGCCUGGUAUUCAAAUAUUGGCUCGAGGCAUUUUCUCUAUCCCCUUCUUACUUUGAAAAAGCAAGGACAUCUUACGUUCUUAAACGGAUAACUAUCUUUCGACUGACCUAGCCUUCUUCGUCCCUC